UAAUGGAAGAUUACGACACAAAUUUUAUAAUAGAAGAUUACUUCACAAAUCAAAACUAUUAUAAACAUGACAAUGAUUUCAAUUUUAUUUCUUCUUUAUUAUACCAAUGUUUUGCAGAAUACGAGUACAUUGCAGAAUACAUGAAUAUUGAAAAUAUAUACGAAAUAAUUAUAACAAAUUCACUAAGGAUUAAUUCUGACGAGAAAAACAAGAAAUCAUUAAAAAAUAGGACAAGUGUAGUUAAAUUUGGUGUUGGAAUGAUCGUAAGACAUAGCUGGACAGAUCAUUUUUCUAAUAGCCACGACGGCGUAAUUAUUGGGUGGCACAAUAAAUGUGACGAAACGUUUAUAAACAAAAAGAAUAAGAUUCUUUGGCAUUCUCAUCAAUGUCUUAAAUACAAUCACGUUUGCAGAUGUCAAAAAUAUUUAUCCAGUGCCUAUCAACAGCACUAUAUCCUUCUCACCGAGAAUAAUGAAAUAUGUUACGUGGGACAAGAUCAAUUAUCAAUAUGUCCUCCAAAAAAAAUAAAUCAUAUGGAAAUUGGAAGAUAUUUCUCCAAUUUUGAAAGGACUCAUUAUAUACCAAAUGAAAACUUAAGAGAAGAAUAUCCAGAAGAUACUGCUGCAAUAAUCAAAUUACUUGCUAAUAAUGGUUUUUAUUAAAAUGUACAGCUGUUAUCUCAACAAU